AUGUCUCAAGUCAGUGCGGAGUUCACCCGCAAGAGCUCCUCCAGUUCUGAGUCUGCCAACCUGCUCACGCCAGAUCUCGACGAUCAGCAGCUGUCGUGUGACGAGGCCGACGCGGACGAGCAUGGCGCAGUUCGCAACCUUCCAUUAGCGCCUGAGGCAGAUCCAGUGGCAGACAUUGGAUCUGCCGAUGGUCAGCUGCCAGUCACACUGUCGCCUGCGUUAGAAGCAGCGGACGAUGUGGACGAAAAUGAACCCGGCGCUAGCGAGGACGACGACGACAGCGGUGACGACGACCGCGCCUUUCCUCGGCGCAGGAAAGAAGUUGUUCAGGAAGUUGACAGAGCACAGGCUGCAGCUUCUGAUCACCAGCGCACGGUCGAGUUGCAGCAGGAGACAUUGGCGGACGUUCGGCGGCAACUGGAGGAGAGCCAGCGGGCGAAUCAACUGCUCCGGGCGAGCAGCUCCGCCCCAACUUCCGCACUGCCCCCAGCGAGCCGUAGCCCCAACAAUGAGGCAAAGUGCAACCAAGCGGUUCUCUACUUCAUUGCUGAGGCUCCCCCGAGGGAGAUUAACUUCUGGCCUGAGCCGCAGGAGUUGAGGCAGCAACUCAUCCGUACGUAUCGGCUGGUGAACGUUUCCGAGGAAACGUUCAACCUUGUCAUGAACUCUCACCCGGAACGGGAGAGGAUUCUUAAAGACAAGGUCGGCGAGCGUCGGGGCAACCUCUUCACGCAGGUCAAGACGUGGGCACAUGGGUCAGGCGGGUUUGUCAGGGAAUCGAAGAUUCCCAUGCUGGCUGCUGAGAACAUGGCGCCGGUGCAGCGCCGCAACGUCCAGCAGUGGCACCUUUUCUAUUUCGAUCCCGUUUAUGGCAGCAAGUGGCACUGCGAUCCUGACAUGGGGCGCCCGUUCGCCAACAAGGCGUUUGAUAUGGCGCUCUGCAAGGGACUUGGCGGUCGCAGGUGUAAGACGAUGUUUGCCAAGAUCCCAGUGGUGGCAACGAUUUGCCAUGUGGUUGAAUGGCCCAUGGCAAAUGCGGGGAGCCGCGACACGCCUGCCCUAGAUGGAAGUGACUCGAACAACAGGAGGGAAGUGCAGCUGAAAGUGGGGGUGAUUAUUGAUUGGAUUAAGGAUAGGUUAUCCCGUGGGGAUAAUAUCUAUCGCAACACUGCCCCUACAGGCUUUCAGAUGGGAGCAAACCCGUUAGUGCGUAUUGUGAUCGCAGGGUUUGAGGACGAGUUUGCUGGGUUGCUGCCAUAA